AUGUUUAAAAAAGAUAUAACUGCGGGAGCACGGUCAAAAGUCAAGUCAUCAGUGCAAAGAUCUUUACGGGCGAAAUUCCUGGAGACUCAUCCAGGUUUCGAGCCAUAUAUCGAUGAAGUUCUACCAAAGAAGGCUUCUUUAGAAGCCAUGAAGCUGUAUGCUAUAUAUCUCCCACCGCACUUAUACGCACACAUCAUGACUGAUCAUCUUGGAUCUUACAGGCCGGACCGAGUAACUCUAUACAUCGCAGACUCCAAACCCAUCUUUUUCCAGUCCAUGGACAGUCCUCUAAUUCCCCAUCUACGAGUGCUCCACGCCUUUCCCAAUGCCAUGCCUACAGUUGGAAUCGACCGAGGAGCAAUCAGAUUCGUCCUAUCAGGAGCUACAUUAAUGGCUCCUGGACUUACAUCUGCAGGCGGCAGUUUGCCUGACGCAGAGCAUGCACUAGAAGCCGGCACAAUAGUAGCCAUCAGGGCGGAAGGAAAGGAAGAAAUAUGCAUGGUUGGUGAGCUGAAGGUGGGAACCGAGGAUAUUAAGAAGAAGGGGAAGGGCGUUGUCAUGGAUGAGGGUCAUUAUUUGGGCGACGGGCUUUGGAAGCUAAACUUUGAUUAA